AUGCCUAACAAUCUAGAGGCCCAACUUGCAGACAACGGCGCAUACUCAGACCUCAAGAUUGUGUGCGGCGCAGACACGUACCAAGUUCACAAAGCCAUCAUCUGUCCACAGUCCGACUUCUUCAGAGCCGCUUGUCGCCCAGAUACAUUCCAAGAGGGAAAGACAGGGCUCAUCGAUAUCCCCGCCAGCUCCGGUCGAGACGACAACUUCUUGACUCAACCCAUCCGAGCCGAGGACUUUGAUUGGGACCUUGACGUCGAGACCACAACAAGCAUCAAGCUCAUGAUCCACUACUUCUACCACCAAGACUACCUUGAGCAAGAGAAAUCAGCAGAACGGGAAUCGUGGUACAAUUGCCAAUGCCGCAAAGGAAUCCUGGCCGAACACUCGAGGAUGUAUGCAAUGGGAGAAAAGUACGGCAUCCACGAAUUGAAGGCAGUUGCUCUUGCCAAAUUCCGCAACUCGGCCUACAAAGGAUGCGAUCAAUCUGGUCUGGCUGCGGCGAUUGUGAUUGCAUUCAAGAGUACACCUCAGACAGACACGAUGCUACGAGAGACGAUUCUGAAGAUACUUGAUUAUAAUGGUUGUCACUUCAGAUGCAACGCGGAGAUUCAAGGAGUCAUAUCCGGCAUCCCAGAUCUGGCUUAUGGUCUGUACUGUAAGGCUCUCGAACGUCUUGAGCGUUAG